AUGCGUCAAUCAAAUUUCCUCAGCAUAGCAAUGCAUAUAGUUUUCCUCCUCGCCGCAUUUGCGCUGGCCGCGCCUCGACCAUGGCUGGCCACAGCCGAUACCAUCUCCUCUACUCUUUCUCUCGAUAAGCGGCAGUCCUCAGGCUUCUGGAUGGAAACCAUUCAGCGUCAAGGAUCGCCUGCCUACAACGAUGAUAAAUCAUACAAGGUCUUUCGCAACGUCAAAGAAUACGGUGCAGUAGGUGAUGGACAAGCCGAUGAUACUGCAGCCAUCAACAGAGCCAUCUCCGAUGGUGAUCGAUGUGGAAACUCUGGCACAGCCGACUGUGACUCUUCCACCAUUGAGCCUGCAAUUGUGUACUUUCCAGCUGGCACUUACAAGGUCUCUUCUUCUAUAAUCAUGCUCUACUAUACUCAAAUGAUUGGAGAUGCAACCAACUUGCCAACCAUUCAGGGCUCUGCAGACUUUAGCUUCGAUACAGCCAACGGGGGUCUGGCCCUCAUCGACGCCAAUCCCUACAUUCCUGCGGCAAAUGGUCUGGGCUACUACACGAACCAGAACAACUUCUAUCGACAAAUCCGCAACCUGAUCAUAGACAUGACGCAAAUGCCUGAGUCAAAUCCAGGUGGUGGAAACGUUAACGGUCUACACUGGCAAGUCGCCCAGGCUUCCAGCAUGCAGAACGUGGUCUUCAACAUGAGACCGGCUUCUGCCACAAACAAACAGCAGGGCAUUUUCAUGGAAAAUGGGUCUGUCUUCAAUGGUGGUGCUACAGGCGCUUUCCUCGGUAGUCAGCAGUUCCAGACCCGCAACCUCACAUUCAAUGGCUGCACUACUGCCAUUGGACUGCAGUGGAAUUGGCUCUGGAACUUCAAGUCUCUCAAUAUCCAGAAUUGCCAAGUUGGCCUAAACAUGUCAACCACCAACUCAUCCAUGGAGACUGUCGGGUCUGCUAUUGUCAUGGACAGCAAGAUCUCAGCAUCGACAGCAGCCAUCAUCACCACAUACAAGGGCGCUGAUACUGUGCCUGAAACUGGCAGCACUUUGUUCAUUCACAACGUGGAUUUUGCAGGCUCUGCUACAGCUGUACUCGACGGUUUGACUGGAAACACGGUUCUGGCUGGUAAUGUUAAGGUUGCAGCAUGGGGUCAAGGAAAUGCAUAUGUUCCUGCAGGCACGAACUCCCCUGCCAAGCGUGAGCCAGAACCUUCGCCAGCAACAUGUAGUGACAUGGAACCUGUAAUAACCACAGUCACCAUCAGUCCCCUGCCAGUAUCGGUCACCGCUACCGGCACAACCAAUGGGUCCGUCACAUUCUCCUUGCCUUCUAGUUCGUCAACAGCUGCUAGACCUAGUGGCAACGCAACUGCCGCAAGUGCUCCAAAUUGUUCAGCCUCACCAGUUAUUCCGGCCAAGUCCAAAAUUCUCCAACAAAACAUGAACGCUGCACCUAUUCCGUCAAGCCUGCUGACAUCGGAUGGAUCAGUCUUUGAGCGUAGCAAGCCACAAUAUAUCGACGUUCCAAAGGAGAGCUUCAUCAGCGUCAAGACCUUUGGCGCUACUGGAGACGGCACGACAGACGAUAGUGAUGCAGUCCAGAGAGCUAUGGAUACUGUUACUACUGACCAAAUCCUCUACUUUGACCAUGGUGCAUAUGUGAUUACAAAGACUAUCAAUGUUCCUGCCAACGUUCGUAUCGUGGGAGAAAUUUGGCCUUUGAUCAUGAUUUCGGGUGCGAACUUUCAAGACCAGAACAAUCCAAUUCCAGGUUUUCGUGUUGGACAAUCAGGCGAGAAGGGCAAUGUGGAGAUCUCAGAUAUGAUGUUCGAGACCAAAGGAGCAACUCCUGGUGCAAUCAUGAUGGAAUGGAACGUCGAGGAAGCAUCACAAGGAUCUGCUGGCAUGUGGGACACGCACUUCCGUGUGGGUGGUUCGGCUGGUACUGAACUCUCACAACCUCAAUGUGAUUCACGAACGAGCAAAACGUUCCGAUCUGAAUGUGCCGCUUCGUUCUUGAUGAUGCACAUCACUCAAUCAGCUUCAGCAUACUUUGAGGGUACCUGGUUCUGGGUCGCUGAUCACGAUCUUGAUCUCCCACGAGGCCCGAGACUGAAUGCAAACGAUACUCAAAUCAGCAUCUUUAACGGUCGAGGUGUCCUUGUCGAGAGUCAGGGUCCGGUGUGGCUCUGGGGCACCUCAUCCGAACAUUCCGUCCUCUACAACUACCAGUUGAACAAUGCUAGAAAUGUGUUCAUGGCUAGUAUCCAGACCGAGACAGCUUAUAUGCAGCCUGCGCCUAAUGCUUUGGACAGUGGCUUCACGCCAAAUACUGCAUGGCACGAUCCAGACUUCUCUGACUGCACCACUGAUGAUUGCAAGAAGACCUGGGGUCUGCGUGUGCUCAACUCGCAAGACGUCUUCAUGUACGGUGGUGGUAUGUACAGUUUCUUCCAAGACUACAACCAAGAUUGCACGAAGACAGAAGAUUGCCAACUCAAUAUGGUCGAUAUUCAGUGCUCUACAGGCAUUUACCUGUACGGCAUGACAACCAAGGCAUCAGUCAACCAACUGACUGUCAAAGGCCAAGCUGCAAUUCUACACACGGACAACGUGAACAACUUUGGAGCUACAGUCCUGCUUUACCAGCAGGAGUAA